CUGGUGGAAAGGCUACCCCAGCCCCAGUAUUCCCAUCUACGUCUCAUAUUAAUCUAGCAGGCAGGAUCUGAGGUGGGGGAGUGUCUCACUUCCUGGCCAUUGUCCAGCAGCAUGAUGUCAUCGUCUGCCAGGUCAUCUUGGCAAAAGUCAGAGCAUUUCUCAGUCACUGCAAAGUAACCCUUCUCAUUGGAGCACCUGACGGGCAACAGCAAAGUGAAGGGCAAGAGCAAGGAAUCCACGUGAGGACCAGUAAUUUUCAGAAGAGGAUGGGACCCCCACAAAUAUGGUGCUGAAGCCCUUCUGACCUAGACCUUCUGACAUCAACUUCCUAAAAGGUGGCCAUGGCAGAGUUCUCCCAGAAGCAGAGGAAGCAGCAGCAUGGCAGCGAGGGCCUGGGCAGUGUGGUAGACUUCCUCUUGGCCAAUGCUCGUUUGGUGCUAGGCGUGGGCGGGGCUGCAGUGCUGGGCAUUGCUACCCUGGCUGUAAAGCGGCUCAUCGACAGGGCCACCAGCCCUCGGGAUGAGGAUGACACCAAGGGGGACAGCUGGAAGGAACUGAGCCUGCUGAGAGCCACAUCACACCAAAAGCCCCCACCCCCUCCUGCUGCCCUCAGCCAGCCCAUAGCUCCCGGCUCCCCCUCCGACCCUGCCCCAGUGAGGCCCACACCCACUCAUUCUCAGACGACCCCCAAGCUCAGCUCUGUAGCACCCUUGUGCCUGACGUUCCAGGAGAAGCUGCUGGCGUUCGAGCACAAGCAUGUGGUUAUCCCAGAAGCCCACGCAACUUUGGUGAAACAGCUGGCUGGAGACAUUGCCUUUGAGCUGCAGGCCUACUUGAGGAGCAAGUUCCCAGAACUGCCCUUCGGUGCACUUGUGCCGGGUGGGCCUCUCUAUGACGGGCUACAGGCGGGGACUGCUGAGCACGUGCGCCUGCUAGUGCCUCUGGAGUUGGAGCCAGGGCUAUGGAACCUGGUACCUGGCAUGGACACUGUGGCCAGGGAACCUCGAUGCUGGGCUGUACGCAGGACCCAGCUUGAGUUCCAUUCCCGUGGGUGCAGCCCAUGGGACCGCUUUCUGGUGGGGGGGUACCUUUCCUCCCGUGUCUUGCUGGAGUUGCUACGGAAGGCCCUGUCGGCCUCUGUCAACUGGCCAGCCAUCGGCAGCCUGCUUGGGUGUCUGAUCUGGCCCAAUGUGGCUUCGGAGGAGCUGCUGCUCAAAGUACAACAUGAAUGCUUGGAGUUCACUUUAGCUGUGCUCAUGGUGGUCCCUGGGACCAGCACUGAUGACCGCCUUCUGCUGGCUUGGCCCCUAGAGGGGCUGGCCAGCAAUCUCUGGCUGCAGGAUCUGUAUCCAGUAGAGACUGCCCGUCUGCGGGCCCUGGAUGACCAGGAUGCUGGUACUCGGCGGAGGUUGUUGCUGCUGCUGUGUGGUGUGUGUCGUGGCCAUCCGGCUCUGGUGCGGCUUGGCUGGAGCCACCUGACUCAGGUGGUUCUGCAGCUGGGUGAAGAGGAAGUGGCCUGGACUGAGGAGGCCUUGGGGGAACGGUUUCUGCAAGCUCUGGAGUUUCUGGUGGGCAGCUUGGAGCAGGCUAGCCUGCCCUGUCACUUCAACCCCAGCGUGAACCUCUUGGGUAGCUUUCGGGAAGAGGAGAUUGAUGACAUUGGCUACGCGCUGUACAGUGGCCUCCAGGUUCCCGAGAGUCUGUUAUAGGUGAAUGAGGACUGUGAUUGACAUGUUUUCUGAUGCUGGAGAGCUGCAGCCACCUCCCUCCCAGGACACUGCAGUGUGGUUUGCUUUAUUUUAGCCGGAGUGGAGGAUGAAUGACAUUACCUAAGCCCACACUCGGGCAUGUGCCUGCGUGAUGGUGAUCAAGAGUCCCAAACCCAGAGAGUCUGGGUUAUUGAUGUCUGAAUGUGGCUGGCCUGCCCUGGCUGACCACUUUCCAUGCCAGCUACACUGAUGCCCGCUAGGGUUAACUUAGGAACUUGGGCUUGGGCCACCAUCACCAGCAAUGAACUCAUGAAGAAUGACAUGUGGCUUUUGAUUUUUUAGGCUUCACCUAGGCAAAGGCUGGUUCCAACAUUUUGUCAAAAAAGGAAAAUGUUCUUGGGUGGGUGACAGCCCAGGUAUCCUGGAGGCACUCACAGGGAGUCGCUUGGAGGAUAGCUUCUUAGCUGUUGAAGGAUGGUGGGUUCCUGAUAGUGGUAUAUUUGUUUUUCUGAUUGAGUCCUCAGGCCUUGAAGCUGAAGGUGACUCCCUUGCUGCCUGCCUUACACCCCAGGGAAGGAAGGUCUUGUUCUCUCCUGCUUGGUUUUCUCUAUAGGCCACAAAUUACCUCUGGGAGAACUCCUUUCUCACUGGGGAGCUGAGCUCUCUGCUGCCUAUGCAAGGCACUCCCAUAGUGGCUGCUCCUAGACCUCACUGCAGGGUAGAGGACACGCCCCUCCCAGAGGCCUGUGUGCAGACCUGGCCUCUGCACUGUGCCAAAAUAUCCGUGAUAGAUAUGUGUCCUCACUUUGCAUCCUGGUCAAGGUGGCAUGGCUGGAGGAGGAAGACUGUCUCCCCUUCAUGAGGAGCCUUUCUAUUUUAGGUACCACCCCCUUGAACACACACUGAAACAAAGCCAUGCCUUGAAGAUGUGAAUAAAAGGAGAAAGAAUUGUA